CUGAAGCGUAGUGCAGCGGUUGCUCGGUGUUGUGGUUGUGGUGAUAUUAAGCAAUACUCGCACGGGGAACACUGUGUGCGAAACGGAAUUACUGACACGGACGAGCAGGCUUCUGCUCCUUUAUUCAACCGCCUGGAAAAAGAAAUGGAGCUAAAGAUGAUAGCACAACAGUAGCCAAAAACAACAGGACUUAAUGUUUUUAUUUAAUUUUACAAGUUGACGCUUUUAUUAAAGUGAGGUCUUGAGGUUUUAUUUAGUGUUUUUUUUUCAUACAUUUUUUUUAGUUAGAAUGAAGGGCUGCAUUUCUGCUUUGGGAACACAGAGGAGGAGGAGGGGCAGCAGCGGGGCGGCCGGGCUCUUGUAUCCGCUGCUCGGUGCGUGUCUCUGGGCUGCAGUGGUCGGGUACAAGCCGGUGAUCAUAGUGCACGGUUUGUUCGACAGCUCAGGGGAUUUUAAACAUUUACUUUCCUACAUUAACGAGUCUCAUCCUGGAACAAACGUGACCGUCAUCGACUUGUUCGACAGGAGUGCCAGCCUGGAGCCCAUGUGGAAGCAGGUGGAAGGCUUCAAGGCAGCUAUUUACCCGAUAAUGCAGAAUGCAGCAGACGGGGUCCACUUUAUCUGCUACUCACAAGGUGGGCUGGUAUGCAGAGGAAUCCUCUCCACUCUGUCCGACCACAACGUCCAGUCCUUCAUUUCUCUGUCCUCUCCUCAGGCUGGGCAGUAUGGAGACACCGACUACUUGAAGUACCUCUUCCCUCAGUUCGUCAAGUCCAACCUCUACCACCUCUGCUACACCUCGAUAGGUCAGAGGAUUUCCAUCUGUAACUACUGGAACGACCCUCACCACAGAGACCUAUAUGUGAACAGCAGUGAUUAUUUGGCUCUGCUCAACAGUGAGAGACCAAAUCCAAACUCAACAGAGUGGAAGAAAAACUUCCUCAAAAUAAAAAAGCUGGUGUUAAUCGGAGGACCGGAUGAUGGAGUCAUCACUCCGUGGCAGUCCAGUCAGUUUGGCUUUUAUGAUGACAACGAGACUGUUGUUGAGAUGCAGCACCAAGAUUUGUAUUUAAGAGAUGUUUUUGGGCUGAAGACGUUGGGGGCUCGUGGAGAUCUGAUCAUCUGUACGGUGCCUGGAGUGGAGCAUGUGUACUGGCACUCUAACGAGACUGUGUUUCACAUGUGCAUGGAGAAGUGGCUGGAGUAAACACUCUUUUACAGCAUUCACAUACACACAGAUACACACACAGAUGCACAAGGUGGAGUUUUAUAAAAUCAUAAUGCCCACCAUGUAUAAAACUCUGCCUUUACAACCACUGUGAGGUACACUUGCAAAUAUUUUUGAGUGUUUUUUUCAGUGUUACUCAGUUCUUUAGGUUACAGUCUUCAGAAAUCACUUUACAGUGUUACCAGUCUUUGUUAUUACUUUACAUUCUUUUGGUGUUUUUUUUAUGUUUCAGCAGAUACAUAUAAUUAUUCAGGCAGAUUAUUUUAAAGGGAAGAUGCUUUUUUAUUUCAAAAUUUUUUAAAUUUGAUGUGAAGAGUUGGAUAAAAAACUUGAUCCCUCACUCCUGUGUGUAAUUUGUACGUGAAGGUACAUCGAGAGGAGAAUUAGCUUAGCAGAGCAUAAAGACUGAAGGAAACAGUGAGCCUAUCUUUGUUCAAAUCAUUAAAAUGCAUCUCUUAAUCAGGCCAAAUUACAUGCUUCCCUAGAAACAAAUCAGUAAAACCAUGCAGAUUAUUCUUUACGUGUUAAGUAUUGCAGAGACCAACUUUUUACAUUUUGGAAGAACCAGGCUGUCAUUUCCCUCUUUUUCAAGUCUUAAUGUGAACCUAAGCUAACCUAGCUUCCUGUUAUUUAUAAAUGAGAUUGUCGUUUCUCUUCUUUUCUAACUUUGGUAAGGAAAAGGGAAUCAGAAAGAUUCCAAGAUUUUCAUUGUAUACUUUUCUUUUUUUUAGUGUUUUGUCUUUGUACUACAAAGCAAAUCAGUGCUCGGACUGAAGUGAAUGCCCAGAUUAUAAGCACAAGACAAAAACUUAAAAAGCAGCAGAUAGAACGACUUUUAAAAACAAAAAGAGGAUUCAACUGUGGUUAUAUUUUACAGCAAGCUACAGUGCAUGAAAUGAAAUGUGUGAAGACUGCUGCUGCUAUUUAUUUAGCUAAAACUCAACAUAGCCAAAGCAGGAGGUUAAAAACAUAUUUUUCUAAAUCCCAAGUCUAAGUUGGUUUUAUUGUUCCAUCUUAAAGCUCUUGUAAAGAGUUGUAAAUGGGUAGUGAAAUGGGUUAAAUUUUAAACUUAUGUUUCUUUAUAUGUUAUAAUGGUAAACAAGACCAUCAGAGAUUAAAGAAUGUAUUUCUAUAAAUUUACUCUCAAUGAUUUAAUCUGAAGGGAAAUGGUUUAUUUAGAAUUCAAGAGCCUGACUCUAAAAGUCACAGAUUUGGAAUAAGGGAUGUAUUUCACUAUUAAAGACAAAUAAGUGAGAUUUUUUUUUUUUUUUUUUUUUUUUGAAAAAAUUACAUAAGUUUGUACUUUGUCAACAGGGGGUGCAAAAUUCAAACCAACCAGAAAGUUCCUCACAAGAGCUUUAAUAAUAUUUGUAGCAUAUUAUCCUGCUUUGUCUCAGUCCUAAAACAUGGCUGGCAAGUUUCCAUUGACUGCUCUUCAAAGGUUAAUUUCUGUUGCAUUGUCCUUUAAUGUAUGUGAAAUAAUAGUUUAUCGCAAACUAAAACCAAACCCACAUAUAAACAGUAAAUAUCUAUGUGUGUGUCUGUGUGUGUUCAGACACACAUACCUCAAAUCUUGACACACAAAAACAGUGCCUGAGCGUUAUCGCGUCAUCCUCUCUACAUGUACAGACUCACUGCCCUGCUCAUGUGAUGAUGCAGUAAUUUGUAUCUUUUUAACCCCUCCAUUUUUAACCAGGAGGAUCAUGUUUUGUCCUCGUUUUUCUUUUAUUUAGAGUAAUUAUCAUGUUUCAUAUCAUUAUCAUGCAGUGCUUUGAAGCUUUUGUAGAUUAAGCCUUAAAUUGUCCCUACAUGCCUCAGUGUUUCAUGUUUCAUACCAAAAGUGCUAAAACACACUGCCUAUGUGACGGUGCUAAAAUGAAUGAAAAAAUAAGUGUGGAGAGAUUAGAGAAUGGCAGUUAUUUAUUAGUGUUUACUCAUCCAUCAGACUUUAGUACAUAUCCGUCUUUACCUCCCAUCGCGUUAGAUAUCUCAGGCGUUUUAGCAACCUUCUCGUUUGUCUCUUCCAGAAAAGGGAAACUGUUUUCUUAGUCAUUGUUUGCAAUUUAUUGGAUAUUUAUGGAUGCCUGUUGUACUUAGAUGUUUCUCCUAACAAUAAGAAUGGACAUUUACAUUGUGUGGUAUAAAAUGCUAUUUUAGAGGAAGACGUAUUGCACAAUAUUUACCCACAUAAAGUGAAGUAAAGGGUGAACAUGGGAUGAUUUUAUCCAUUUUUAAAUGUGUAAAAAUGUCGGUAUUGUUUGAAUGUUGUUGCAUCCUUAUUUUAAUGUUUGCUCGUUUAAAUUGGUUGCAAAAAUAGCAGUUUUAAGGGAAGUCCUUGCUGUUAAACUUCUUUCUUUAUAAAAAGUUAAUACUGACAUGGACAAUUUAUAACCUCUAACAGAAAUUUCUAUUUUGACACUGUUCUUCAAAUUUCUACAGCGUUUGGUCUCAAAUGAAAAUGUGUCAAAUAUCGGCAAUUACUCAAUAAAUGACAGUUUUAAACA